CCAGAUGCUGACAUUUUCCACUCUAUGGACGGUCUUAAUAGAACGAUGUCGUUGUAGAAAAAUCGUAUUCUUACUAGCCUGAGUUUGACAUCUAGACAAACCUGGCAAAACUCUAUUUGAGCUGUGCUGUAAUCGUGCCCUACGUGUCGAUUAAGCCAGGUUCGAUGGUGGUCUAAGAAAUUAGGUCAACAGUUGUGUAGGCCUAUUAUACGCUACAUUUGUCUAGAAUGUAUUUUAUAUUUCGCGCAUCCGAUGUGGGUUGUUUAUGACGAAGCGGUUAAGUAUUGUAUACGGAUCUCAUUCACUCAUGCAUCAUUUUACACAUCUUUUGUUUUGGUCCUUGGAAGGGUUGUGUCUGAGCCAACCAAUAGGGGGAAUAUAAUACAGUGACGCAUUUAGCAAACGCCUCUAUCUUGUGGCGCAGCAAGGAAAGGAGCUUCAGUCGAUUCAUUCAAACACAGUGAACAGACCUACGACUUCACAGCAAACUGCAUUGGAAAGAAACUAUUUCACUUUAAAAAAAAUUCACUCAAGAUUAUUGGUGUUCCUUAAUACUAGAAGCGCAAAUAAAUAUAUUUUAUACAGCGGCGUUUACCCCGAAGAGACCCUUAUAUUUGCAUAAAUAUUUAUUUGAGCUGUUGGCUAAAGUUUCCUAUUAAUAUGAAGACUAAAUUCAUCAACGGAGUGUCUUCUUCUCCGUCUAUGUCGCUGGACCGCCUUGUUACAGAGAACGCACUGGUGGUUCACCCAGACACUGAAGACUGCAAAGACAUCAUCCGGCCUGAUGAGCCUGAGCUAGAGACGAAACGCAAAGCGUAUUUAUGGUGCAAAGAAUUUCUCCAUGGCGCAUGGAAAACUGUGUCAGAGGAAGAUUUCCAGAUCAGCAUUAUAAGGGGAGGCCUUAGCAACAAGCUGUUCUUGUGCGCCCUGCCAGACAGUCUCAGCUCUCUGGGAGAGGAACCCCGGAACAUCCUCCUGCGCCUGUAUGGUGCCAUCCUACAGAUGUCAUGUAAUAAAGGAGAGUCCAGACAAUCCAACAAAGAAAAUCAAUCUCAAGGGGCGGAGGCCAUGGUCCUGGAAAGUGUGAUGUUUGCCAUCCUAGCUGAGAGGGAGUUGGGGCCUAAACUCUACGGCAUCUUUCCCCAGGGAAGGCUGGAGCAGUAUGUUCCUAGCCGCAAGCUGGAGACGGUUGAACUGAGCGUGCCCAGUGUCUCAGCGGAGAUUGCAGAGAAGAUGGCCAAGUUCCACGCAAUGAGAAUGCCCUUCAACAAGGAGCCCAAGUGGUUGUUUGGAACGAUGGAGAAGUAUCUGAAGCAGGUUCUGAGGAUCUCCUUCACCAAGGAGAGCCUCACACACAGGUUCAACCGCCUGCUGGGCUACAACCUCCCUCACGAGAUGGACACCCUCAAGUUCCUUCUAGACUCCACCCACUCGCCUGUUGUCUUCUGUCAUAACGACUGUCAAGAAGGAAACGUCUUGCUGCUUCAUGGACGUGAGGGUUCAGACAAGCAGAAGCUCAUGUUAAUCGACUUUGAAUACAGCAGCUACAACUUCAGGGGCUUUGACAUUGGCAAUCACUUUUGUGAAUGGAUGUAUGACUACAGCUAUGAGAAGUUCCCCUUCUUUAAGGUCACCUCCCAGAACUACCCCACCAAAGCCCAACAGCUGCAUUUCUUUGGGAGCUACCUGCGGGAGUCUGACCGGGGCUUCGAGAACCUCGCUGAGGAGGACCAGAAGAACAUUCUAGAGGAGAUGUACAUUGAAGUCAACAGGUUUGCUAUGGCCUCCCACCUGUUCUGGGGUCUGUGGUCCAUCAUACAGUCCAGGAUCUCCACCAUCGAGUUCGGCUACAUGGAAUACGCCCAGGCCAGGUUUGAGGCAUACUUCAAGCAGAAGAGGAUGUUUGGCGUUUAAAGGGGAGGAGCCACGCAACCUCUGCACUUUAACUCAGCCAGUCAGAGUGCAUGACAAGGCUGUUAUGGGGCCUGCAGUCUUGCCCCUGUGGGACCCAUCCCCAGAUAUCUGAAGGGAAGUCUCAGUAUGCAUUACUGCUCAGUGUUCACGCUAUUAAGCAUUUACCUUUCAUUCCAUACUCCCGUUGUUGUCAUGGUCACCCCCCCGUAGUCGCGAGUGAAAACUAAAAAUCUCUGUGGGAAGAUCGUGAGAAGGAAGUAAAGGGCCUCCGAUUUUUCCUGUACAUUCCCCCAGAGUAGAUCCUUAUUUUGGAAAGUCAACAUUGUAUCAAUGUAUCCAUGCAUCAUUCCCUGAUGGAAAAAACCCCUCUUCUAUGAGUGGAAAAUAACUGAACCCCCCUGCUGACCUCACCUGUUAUCUACUGUAUGACUCAUCAACAUAUGACCAAGGUCCAGCUUCUGCUGAUGACGUUAGAGCCUAUUCCGACUUUCUGUCUAACUCAUCACUCUCACUCCCACCAGUGGUCAUAGUGCAGCAGGGUCAGCUUGAAAAUGUAAACAGCGAUUUCCCAAUGUCUUGUUAAUAUGAAGUGUAAAUACAACAUGAUAAACACAUACAAUAGUAGCUGACCUUUAAAGCGACAGUUCGCCCAAAUGUCAUUAACUGCUUUUGUCAUUGGCUGCUGUGUUUUGUUGUGACAUAUUGUGACAUUGUGUGCAGUGAGGAGAGCAGGGGGAGGGUAAACUGUGAACUGAUAAUGAUUAUGACAAAAGAAAAUCAUUUAGAGGGGUUUUAACCUUCAUCUAGAAAUGAUUUGAUUGUUUAUUAAUCUUCAGAACUGGAAUUUACUGACUAAUUUAACCUCCUUAUUACUAGAUUUUUGUUUUUGUAAUUUGUUACUUAGACUGUGAUUGCUAGUUCUGUUGAAUGCAUAUUACAUUUUUGUAUUUCUCUGUUAACAGACAGUGUCACUGUUGACAGUAAUGUUGAUGUUAUUGUUUUAUCUAAUGAACCUCUUUCUCGCCUGGCAUUGGUGGUUACCAUGUCAGCAGCACUUUCCUUUCCACUUUUAGUUUUUUUAAGAAACAUUGACAAACAUUGUUUGUUGGUUGCACUUUAUUGGUCAGAUACUGAGACAACUGGGUUUUUACUUGACAGUGAAUGACAGUCUCACCAAAACUGUCUGACUGAUCUACCUUUUUACUGACACUGACAAGCAUUGUUUGCCGCGGACAGUGUUGUCUCUGGCCACUUCAUCUUGUUAUCACACACGCACACAAAUAUAGUUAGUUCAUGCCUAGUACACAUCUAAUAAAUAUCUAGUACACAGACAAUACAAGCAGUACCUACCACAUCACAUAGCGUAAAUACAGUAUUAAAAGUGCAAACAAUACUUAUAUACACCAAGUACUUACCCAGUAUUCCCAGUAAAUACAGUACCAUUGGAUGAAGUGCUUCCAUUUUUCCUUGAAUGGAAUAUGUAUUUUUCUUAAUAAGAAAACAGUGUUUCCACAUGCUACGUCACAGUUGUGUGUUCAUGGCGAUGCCAUUCCAUUCACGUAGAGCUAGGAUGCUCUACAUUUUAUUUUCUGUCAAUACCAAAACAUCUCAUUCUCCUGCUGUAGAUCUUCUGUGAAUUCAACGUAUGUGUUAAAACACCUGGGGUAUAAAGUUUUGCAUAGUUACUCUAAAGCCAGUAUACUGUAGGUGUCCAGCCUCAGGCUGUGCUAACCUGCUGUCCUGUAUAGUGAUACAAUCAGUUGUUUAUACAACAACCUAGCCAAGCUAAAUUCUUCUUGUGUGAAUAACAAUGUUAUGUCUUCAACAUCCUACUAACCAAUGGAACUGAAAAGAAGUUUGCAAAAAGUAGUUA